AUCAGUCAUUCAUGACAGUCACCUGACUAAAACAAAUUCAUGUUGCAUGCUCGGCUAGUCGGAAGUACUCGGGCAGCUUACAGACACAUUUAAUGUAUUGAAAACAUUGAAAAAAAAUGAUUUGACUCCCAGAGAGAAUGCAUACUAUAAUCACUGGAGACUUUUUGUGGCUAACGCAGCUAGCUAGCUAAAUUAAUGCUCCCCCGUUUGCUGGAUUGUGAGUGGAAAAAACAGGAAUGAAGAUGCCUCAGUCCGCGGCUCUCAUCAGUGGGAUCCAGAAGAUGGUUUUGUAUGAAACCAGAGCCAGGUAUUUUUUGGUGGGGAGCAAUCAGGCACAGACCAAACACAGAGUCCUGAAGAUCGACCGCACAGAACCCAAGGACCUGGUCAUAAUUGACGAUAAGCAUGUUUACAACCAGCAAGAGGUUCGGGAACUGCUUGGCCGUCUGGACCUGGGCAACCGCACCAAAAUUGGCCAGAAGGGUUCGUCGGGUCUGUCCAGGGCUGUUUCAGCCUUUGGGAUGGUGGGGUUUGUUCGCUUUCUGGAGGGGUACUACAUUGUGUUGAUCACCAAGCGCAGAAAGAUGGCUGACAUCGGUGGCCACUCCAUUUACAAAAUUGAAGACACCAGUAUGAUCUAUAUCCCCAAUGACUCAGUUAGGGUUACACACCCCGAUGAAGCAAGAUAUGUGCGGAUCUUUCAGAACGUGGACCUCUCCAGUAACUUCUACUUCAGCUACAGCUACGACCUGAGCCACUCGCUGCAGUACAACCUGACUUUGCUGCAGAGGCCUUAUGAACUGUGGUUGUCAGCAGCCUCCUCUGCUGAGGAAGAGGUACACACACGGAGCAAGCAGGACAGCUUUGACAUCUUUGAAGAUGAGGGGUUGCCUACACAAGUUGUUUAUAGCCUCCAGAACGAGCCGUACUACAAGUACGUGUGGAACGGGAAGCUGCUAGAACGAGUCAAGGACAUAGUGCAUCAUGACUGGCUCAUGUAUAUAAUCCAUGGCUUUUGCGGCCAGUCCAAGCUUCUGAUCUAUGGCCGACCAGUUCACAUCACCCUCAUUGCCAGGCGAUCCAGCAAAUUUGCCGGGACCCGCUUCCUCAAAAGAGGAGCCAACUGUGAGGGAGAUGUGGCUAAUGAGGUGGAGACAGAGCAGAUCGUCCAUGAUGCCUCAGUUAUGUCUUUCACAGCAGGCAGUUAUUCCUCAUACGUCCAGGUGCGAGGUUCUGUCCCACUCUACUGGUCUCAGGACAUUUCCACUAUGAUGCCAAAACCCCCCAUAAGAUUGGACCAAGCUGACCCAUAUGCCCACGUGGCUGCCCUCCAUUUUGACCAGAUGCUGCAGCGGUUUGGCUCUCCUAUUAUCAUCCUCAACCUGGUCAAGAAACGGGAAAAAAGGAAACACGAGAAGAUUCUGAGUGAAGAGCUCAUCCCAGCUGUGAUCAACUUGAAUCAGUUCCUCCCUCCCGACCACUGCAUCGACUACAUCGCCUGGGACAUGGCCCGCUACACCAAGAGUAAGUUGUGUAACGUUCUGGACCGUCUCAGCAUGAUAGCAGAGAACGUGGUCAAGAGAACAGGUUUCUUCAUCAAUCGAUCCAGCUUCUACUGUCACACUCUCAGACCAGACGACAGGUGGGGAGAUGUAGGUGGACACAUCAUCGCCAGUGGACGAGUGCAGACCGGUGUGUUGAGGACCAACUGUGUGGACUGUCUGGACCGGACCAAUACCGCCCAGUUCAUGGUGGGGAAGUGUGCACUGGCCUAUCAGCUUUAUGCACUAGGAAUGAUUGAUAAGCCCAAGCUGCAGUUUGAUACUGACUGUGUGAGGUUGUUUGAGGAGCUUUACGAAGACCAUGGAGACACUCUGUCUCUGCAGUACGGCGGCUCCCAGCUGGUCCACAGGGUCAAGACUUACCGCAAGAUCGCCCCCUGGACUCAGCACUCCAAAGACAUCAUGCAGACGCUGUCACGCUACUAUAGCAAUGCUUUCUCGGAUGCUGACAGACAGGAUGCCAUCAACCUGUUUCUCCAGGUCUACCAGCCAUCAGACUCUCAGCCGCACCUGUGGGAGCUGCCCACUGACUUCUACCUGCAUCAGAAGAGCACUAUGGCCCUACCCCAAGAAAGACGCAGCUACACACUAUGGUGGUCAGAGGGAAUCCUGUCCUAUCUUCCUGUUGCCUAUGAUGAAGUCUCCUGUGAGGAGAACAUGAAGAAAGUCAUAGUGAAGAGAGUCAACCGCUUUGAUGAGAGCAUAGACAUCUACACAGAAUUCUUCAAACCUUAUGAACUCACCUCCUUUGAUGACACUUUCUGCAUCGCUAUGACCAACUCUGCCAGGGAAUUUAUGCCCAAGACAGUUGGAGUGGAUCCAAGUCCAUUCACAGUUCGUAAGCCAGAGGAAACAGGGAAAUCAGUGCUGGGCAAUAAGAGCAGUAAGGAGGAGACACUGCUCCAGAGGAAGACUGCAGCCAGCGCACCUCCUCCCCCGAGUGAGGAGGCCAUCUCCAGCACGUCAGAGGACGACUCAGAGGAGGACCGGGACGACGACGGGUCGGUGUCCCAGCGCUCCACCCCGAUCAAACUGCUAACGGAGUCUGGAGAGAGCAGUCGCACACAGGAGGAGCAACAGCAGCAGCAGACAGUUAAGGAACCCUAUGGACUCAAUCUGGCUAAGUUUCCUGCUGAAAAAGAUGUGCUCAUUUACGAAAGGUUUGCACAUCUGGGCGAGAGCCAGCACAAAGUGGAUAAAACUGAAAACAUAAACCUGGAAAACAUCAUCUGCUUAGAGCCGGUGUCCUGCUUCACUGAGGACAGCAUCUACGCCGUCUCUCCCCCGCGGGUGGACAGAGACAGCCAAGACGUGUUCGAGAGCCAUGUGAUGACGGGCCAGGGCCAGGUGAGGGCGCUGUGCAGGGACGACAUGUUGAUGUACAGGGAGUACGUAAAGAACAGGUACAUGUGAGACACAGCUGACCCAACCUAUAUGCAUGUCUGGGAUGAUCGGCCAUAGUCCAACACAACGUUCCUGCUCGAAGACUCUCAAGGUGUUUUGGCUUCAAUCAACUACCCAGCUGGAAAACAAUUAUCCAUAAUGAAGACAAUGGUGCACAACCAACUUAUAUGUCCUAUAUUUGGACUAAACUAAGUGGUUAGUUUUUUUUUUUUUAAUUAAUCGAAGUAAUUUGUGUGUUUUAAUAUCUUCAAAUCUAAUCCAGUUAUGUUGGUUUUUUUAAUUCAUUCAUGAGUUAACAGACUGCCUUUAUGCUGUUUUUAUUUGUUAUAUGUGUUAUUUGCCAUGAAUUUAACUUGUAAUUGCAACUAUUUUAAGAAAGUUUAUUUAACUAUAUGUACAUUUAAAAAUGUAUUUUGAAUCUAAAAUUGAUUAGACCAUUAAUAAGACGGUAGGCCCGAAGAUUGUAUUGAUCCACCUCAAAUGUGCUCUGAGUUUUUAUUUUAUUUUCAUUCAUUUUCUCAAAUCAGUCCCAACAGGAUUAUAUGUUUGCUUGAAGCAGUCAGAAACAGUGUUGAACAGUCUUACAUAAUGUAAGUCAUACAUGUACUGUAAAUCCACUUCCACGUAAGUUUCUUUUUUGUCAUCAUAUUUUGAAUAGUGCACUGUGCGCUUUUGUUCACCAGCGGACAAAAGACAUCACUGAUACCUUGAUAUUGUGGGUUUUUAUUAAACCUCAUUCUUAGUUCACAAAACUGCACAUUGAAUUGUGUAAAUGCAUUUCUGAAAAUUAUGCAUAGUACUUCAAAAUUAAACUUUUAUUUAUCAA